AUGUCAAAUCGGGAGAUUAAAAGUAUUUUGGAGAAGACUGUAAAUGCAUCAAGGAAGGAUUGCUCGAAAAAGCUUUCAAGACUCCAAUUGAAUAGGCUUCUGGAGUUGAACGAGCUUGAUGAAUUUCGAAAUGAAGCCUAUGAGAAUGCAAAGAUUUAUAAAGAAAAGUCUAAGGCAUUUCAUGAUAAAAGGAUAAUUAGGAAGGAUUUACAACCGGGAGACAAGGUGCUAUUAUUUAAUUCUCGAUUGAAGCUUUUUCUGGGAAAAUUAAAGUCGAGAUGGUCGGGACCAUUCACAGUUGUUGUCUCAUUGCCUUAUGGAGCAGUGCAGAUUCAUAGCGAGAAGAUGGGACACUUUAAGGUGAAUGAUGAGAGAUUAAAGCACUAUUUGGAAGGACCGGUGGAAAAAUGCAAGUCUAUGUUUCUUUUGGAACCCCUCUGA